AUGGCCACUAGCACACAGCUAGUCUGGCUUCCACCUGCCUCCAAGGCAGAGACCUCCCGUCUGCCAGGCUGGAGUCCUCCUGACUCCGUUUGCCGGGGCUGGAGUCCUCCUGACUCCGUUUGCCGGGGUGGAGCCCAGAACCCUGGUCCUGACUCUAUGAAAAGGCCUGCACACACCUGUGCCAUCAGUCUCCUGGCCAUUCCCAAAACCUGGUCCCAGGAUUGGAGAUUUCAUCCCUCCCAGAUCUCUUUGAAAUCUCCAGGCUCCAGAUCCCAAAACAGACCUUACAAACAAAGGAGGAAAGUGAAAAGCCACUUUCCUCCGUAU